UAUUUUAGCACCAAUUUUAGGUACUUUUAGUAUUUCCAUAAUUAUACUUCACUACAUGUUUUUUGCAGGUGAAGAUUUUACACACAAAACAAAAUUACUAGAAUCCAGACAUAGACAAUUUUAAGUUAAAUUUUUAUAAGGACAAACAACUUUUUCUUGUAUUUCAUAUUCUGAAUAUGGGGUAAAUAUUAAUUUACAUACAAAACAAGGAUACCUUGUUUGUAUAUGUAUUUAUUUUAUAGGAAUUUGGGAAAUUUCAAGACUUAUCUAUAAGUCAAAGCUGAACAAAAACUAAAUCAGAUAUGUUCCAAAUGUUUAAAUUUUUUUAGUAACCUUAGAACAUUGAUAACUGUAAAUCUGCCGGAUUUUGAGCGUUACAUAAUGGUUUAAUUUAAUUUAAUAGACGUUUAUUGUGCUAAAUAUAGUAAUAUCACCUCAUGGCGGUUAUUUUUCCGUUCGCCCUGCCGUGCAUGUAUUUUGUCCCUUGUAGGGACCCUCCGGACUCCAUGGCAACGCAGCUACCGCCAUAGCUAAACCCGUUUGUUUGCUAACUGCAGACGGCGGAAUCUGCUCUUUUUCUACAAUUAACGAUAAAACAGGAAAAUGUGACUUUACUUAAAAUAUACCAAAGUCUAUAUUAAUUACACAACACGCAUUUAUGAGAGCACAGGACUGGUAAGAUGCUAGCAGUGUUAGCUGCCGUAAAAAUACAAAUCGCUCGCCCUGUAACGUUAUUCUUUGUUCCAUUUUACAAAACUGAAAUUAUCUCCAAUUUGGUUCCCAGAUAUGACGUGAGCCUUGCGACAGUUAAAGGUGCCUUCUCAGAAAGAGACAAUGUGUUGCCUGUUUGGGGGCUUGCCAUCCCUCUCCCAGCAGUGCUGAUGAUUACUCUGAGUCUUUACAUGAUCGUCCUGGGGAUUGGGCUGUGGAUCCGAUCCUGCCUCAAGGACCGUUGUUGUGAGUGUGGUGAUUGCUGUCCAGACAUUUCUCUAUGUGAGCAGUGCUUUAGAUUGGCAGAAAUGUGUGACUGUCGCCUGCCAACCCUGCGCUCGUGUCGGGCCGAUUCGUGCCCCUCUCCUUCUUGUGUCAAAUGGGACUGUGCCUGCACCUGUCAGCCUCCUGAGUGUGACUCCUGCAACUGUCUCUGCUUCGAGAUCAGGAUCAAGUAGAAGAAGAGGAUGGAUGCUGCCAUUGUCAGCUGAGUGACUACAAGUACUUCAGCUUUUGAGUCCUUUAAAUGUGUGCCUUUGUCAGAGAGUUUACAGUGGAGAGAUAACAGGAAGAGAGUGAUGCGAAUGACAUAUGCAACAAAGGUCCCCGGGCCGGACUUGAACCAGGGCCUCCAGGGCUCCCUGUCUUUGAGUUCUUGCUGAGCGUCAAUAUGACUUUUUCUUUCGACCUUUUAAAGAAGACUGAAACUCAUUCUGUUACUGCCAUCAGAUGGCAUCCCCCUCUGCGAUUUUGUAUCAGGAUAUGUAUACUGUAUAUAUUGUGAUAUAAUACAUUUUCUGGAAAAUUAAUUGAGCUAAUGGAUGAAAUAACCAGACAGGAACUGUCUUGUUUUUUUGGCCAAUCUAGCAAUUUAAAAACCUGAGAAAUCUAGGUAAAACUCAAGGGACUUAUAUAAAAGUUCAAUGUGACCAUAAAACAGUUCUGCUCAUUGACUUGCAACAUUGCCCACAAUGGUCUAAUACACCAGGAGAUAUUAACGCGUUAGAUACCACAGUACAGUAAGACACUCCCUUUAAUUUUAUUAUAAAAAUAUAUUAUAUACAUUAGACAAAAUUGUUGAUACCUCUGUACUUGAUGAAGAACCAUUCUGGGCUUGAAACAUACUUUUUCUAAUGUAAUAAAAUAGAUAUUGCUGGUU